CUCCGCGCAGCGCCAAAACACUCCGCUUUACCAAAUAAACCAUAUCCUAACCGAUCAUUGAAACCAAGACCAAGAAGGAAACACACACCGUGGACUUCCAACACUCACCUAUAUAAAUCCCUCCCUCGAUCUCCUUACUUACCCUAAUCCCACCCUCUCCUUUGUAAAACCCUGAAAAUCCUCUCCUUUGUAAACCCUGAGAAUCAUCUAGGGUUUAGUUCUUACCGGCCCCUCCCCCGAGGCGCCGACCGAUCAUGGACGACGAGUCAGACUAUAUGUACGAUGAUGAGGAAUCAAAUGAUCAGGAAGAUUACGAUGAGGAAUCAAAUGAUCAGGAAGAUUACACUGUUCUGAAAGAGGAAGAGAUUGCCAAACUUCAAGAGGAUGAUAUCAAUGAAGUGUCUAAUGUCCUCUGUAUAUCGCAAUCAGCUGCCUGUUUUGUCCUGACUCAAUUCAACUGGAAAGUGAUCGACCUCAAAGACGACUGGUUCGCCGACGAAGACGGAAUCCGGCAAAAAAUGGGUCUGUUGGAGAAGCCUGUGGUUCAAUUUGCGGAAAAGCAAAGAAGUAUUUGCGGGAUAUGUUUCGAUGGUUACAACUAUGGAUGGAUGUAUUGGGCUGCGUGCGGUCAUCCUUAUUGUGGACAGUGCUGGAGGGGUUACGUCAGCGCAGCGAUCAAGGAUGGUCCGCUGUGUUUGAUGCUGAGGUGUCCUGAACCGUCGUGCAGGGCGGCGGUUGGUCGUGACUUGGUCUUGGUGUUGGUGUCGAAACAGGAGUACGAGAGGUACAGGUACUAUCUGUUGAGAUCUUAUGUCGAACAGCACCUCAAGAUCAAGUGGUGUCCUGCUCCGGGUUGUAAGUACGCUGUUAAGGUUGAUAGCUUUGCGAACAGAGGUUAUGAUGUUUCGUGUCUUUGUUCGAAUAGCUAUUGCUGGAAUUGUACGGAGGAGAAUCACCGUCCGGUGGAUUGUGAGACGGUGAGGAAGUGGAUCAUGAAGAACAAGGAUAGCUCGCAAAAUGCGGAGUGGAUAUUGGUUAACACCAAGCCAUGUCCAAAAUGCAAGAGACCAAUUCAGAAGAACCAAGGGUGUCAUCAUAUGACUUGCUCAGCUCCUUGUAGGUAUGAAUUUUGCUGGUAUUGUCUUAAGAAAUUCGAGAGCUACUCUGCUGCAUGUUGCAAUGCGUAUAGGGGAAAUUAUGAUGAGAUGAAGGAGUUGAAGUUGGAGCCGGAUAAGAAGAAGCUGAAGCAUCAUUUAGAUAGGUACGUUCAUUAUUACGAGCGAUGGGCAAGCAAUCGGACUUCGAAGGAAAAGGCCAUCGAGUCUUUGAAUGAGAGGCAUGGCAACAGAUAAUUGAAUGUAGGCAGGUACUGCGGUGGAGCUAUGCGUAUGGCUACUACAUGCCUGAGGAUGAGCCUCUUAAGGCAAAGCUGUUUGAGCACUUACAAGGUCACGCAGAAAACAGGCUUGAGAGGCUUCACAAAUGCGCCGUGACUGGAUUGCAGCCAUUCCUUUCUUCUGAGGAGGAACUAAAGGAUAGUUUCAACAAAUUUCGCAUUGAAC